AUGGCCGAAUCCAUCUACCCUCCCACGCUCAAUGGCGUUUUCGAUGCCCCCCUCAACGCCCGAUAUGACCCCGUUCGCUUGACCUCCGACCACAUUGUUCCCAUUUUCGAGCUACCCCUCGCACGCAAACUCCUCGGCCACGAUGCUUCUGAUAGCGAAGCUCUUGCGAAGAUCUCCAAGUCCGAGAUUUCCUAUACCUCCUUCGUUGCCGACCAGGCCCGCGCUGCCCUUCAAACCCCGCGCGAUGACUUGACAUCGGAGCAAAUGCAAUCGCAGCUCCUGCACAUUGGUCUCGCAGCGCUGUUCAGUUUCCUACAGUCAAACGUUACCGGGCCACCCCUACACUUUAACUCGGCAGAUGUGGUUUUUACUCCUUCUCUGCGAAGCGAUAUUGCUACGCUUCGAGCUGUGCGGGCCAAGAUCAUCCGUGAUCUUUCUGUUGAUGGAGAAGCGGCUUACAAACUCACACCCAACCCUGAACUCUUCUCGAUCGCCAAGGCUCUGCUCGUUGACGCGAGUAAUGAGGGCGCAGUUCCGGCAAAGACGGCGCGCGUGCGUGUCAAUUUCCUCCAUCAGAAGAUGCUCUCCGAAGUUACGAGUACCUUGCAGGACGAAAUUUACAAGGAUUUGGAUGGGUUGGCCAAGGCAGACCUCGAUACUGAAGAGAGAAGUCACUUUUUGCUAGAACGGGCUAUUAUCAACACACAUCAUGGAUUCGAUGGAAAAGCCCGUGCGGAUCUAGAUCAGGCAUCCCAGAUCCGAAACUUCGAGUUUGCAUUGACCGGAAAGCUGGGAAAGCGGACGAAGUUCCAAGAUCGCGAUAUCAGUCAGCUUGUAGUUUUGGCUAAAAGUGCUGACGAAACGCCCAAGUCGACGGACCCGUCCGGUCCUAAGAACCUGGACCUUAAUGACGAUACACUCCUAGAAGCCAUUUCAUUUGCGGAUAAGAAGUUAACGACGGUGUCGGACGAGCUUCCCGCGGGCCUGCAGUCUAUUGAUCCUAAUGAUCAACCCAUUCUCAACCCCGUGGACUCGGCCAUCUUGCUGGCUAUGGCGUCUGCUAUCACCAACACUUCCCCGGAGAACGGUUUGACCCGAGAGGAGACUCAACCUUAUGCCGCCCGUGUUUUGGAGGGCGGCAGCUCGAACUGGCAGAUCUAUACAGAAGCACUGCUCGUCCGCAGUCGCGUGGAAGGGUUCCGCUCGCGUACCGUAGAGAGAUCUGUUCUGCAGAUGCAGGCACUUGUUGACCAAGUCAUUGCGGAUACCGCCACAGAUGACUCCGCAGCUCAGCAGCCCUCUUCUGACCCUACCACAUUCCUGCCACGGCCGGAGAAAUCCGAGUCGGCCCCUGCUGCCGAUCGAUUGGAAUACAUUUGGUUGAUGAACUUCUCCACCCGGUGGAGCCUGGAGGCCGAAUUGGCCAAGCGCUGGGUCGAGCUGGGUGGUCUCCGUACUGCUCUUGAAAUCUACGAGCGCUUGCAGAUGUGGGCUGAAGCGGCGCUUUGCUAUGCAGCUACCGAGCGCGAAGCCAAAGCUCGAUCUGUGGUUCGCCGGCAGCUGUACGAGGCUAAGGGUCCUAACGAAGAUGAUGAGAAUGAGCUGUUUGAAGGCCCGGAGCGAUCUACAUUGCCGGCAGAUGCGCCCCGACUCUUCUGUAUUCUCGGAGAUAUUGAGAAGGACGAGAAGUUGUACGAGCGUGCCUGGGAUAUCUCAGGACAACGAUAUGCUCGGGCCCAGCGCUCUCUCGCUCGACACUACUUGGGUCUCACGCCGCCUGAACUGGAGAAAGCUGAGGCUGCCUACCGUAGGGGUCUGCACGUCAACCGCCUGAACGAGAGUUCCUGGUUUGCUCUGGGAUGCGUGCAACUCGAGCUUCAGCGGUUUGAGGAUGCCAUGGAGUCUUUCACCCGUACCGUGCAAUUAGAUGAUACCGAUGCGGAGGGAUGGAGUAACUUGGCCGUUGCCACGCUACGCUCAAAAGACCCCGAGCCGUCCCAGGAUGAAGAAAUCGAUGAAAGCACGGGCGAGAAGAUAGUCAAGGAGGUUGAUCCACACAAGCGCAAGCGAGACGCCCUGGCGGCCCUCCUACGCGCUGCUCAACUUAAGCACACUGAAGUCCGUAUUUGGGACAAUGUGCUUACGGUAGCAGCCUCCAUUCCACCACCAGCAACUCCCUUCCGCGACGUGGUCACCGCCCAGAAGCGAGUUAUUGAGCUCGUCGGCGAGAAGAAGGGCGAAAAGUGCAUUGAUCUUCCUAUUCUUAGCGUGCUCGUGGACUUCCUCGUCACGGCCUUCGAGUACGAAUCCCUCCGCAUCCAGACCGACGAUGGCCCGGUCGUCCGCACCGGCACCAUCCCAGGCCAAAUCAUUUCCCUGGUGGACAACAACGUCGUCCCUCUCAUUACCCACUCAUCUGCUCUGUGGCUCCUCGUCGCUCGCGUGGAGAUGUUCCGCAAUCGCCCCAGCCGUGCGCUAGAUGCCCAUGAGAAGGCAUGGCGCGCUACCAUCGCUGCCUCUGCGCAGGGUGCGUUCCAGAUGGGGGAUGAGAAGCCUUGGAUGGCCGUUGUCCGGGCUACGGAGAAGCUGGUGCGCGAUGGAUAUGCGCGGUACGGACCCAUGGACCACGAAGAGCAGAAGGCCGAGGGCGACGCUGAGGCGGAUAUGGUCAUGCGCGACUGGCGGUUCAAGGCCCGGAGUGCUGUUCGUGGAAUUAUGGGUAAGGGUAAGGAGUUCUGGGAGGAUUCGGAGGGUUGGGAGCUGCUUAAGGAGUUGCAGACUGAGGUCACUGGAAACUAG